GUUCUUUAUUAUUCAAUAUUAUAGUGGUCUGACCUAACACGGUUUUUUAAUUUUAUUACAAUAAUUAUGAAACAAUAGUUUUAUAAAUUAAAUUUUUGAUUCGUCUUCAUACUCGUAUUUGUAGUUCAAAUUUCUUUUAAUAACAGCUAGUCGCUUUUUUUUUUAAAGUCGUAGUAAUGUCUCAAAUUGCAUUGGCAGUGGGAAGUAAUUCCGAAAAUAAAAUAGACCCAAUGGAAGUAAUAAUGGACAAUAAUGUUGUUGAUGAUGUUCCUGAAUCAUCUUCUGCAUUGGCUAUUUCAAAUGGUGUAAAAAAUAGAUCUGUAAAUGUAAGCGAGAUGACUUCAAUGGAUUACUACUUUGAUUCAUAUGCUCAUUUUGGUAUACAUGAAGAAAUGCUUAAAGAUGAAGUGCGAACUCUUACUUACAGAAAUUCUAUGUAUUACAAUAAACAUUUACUCAAGGGUAAAAUUGUAUUAGAUAUUGGAUGUGGUACUGGAAUAUUGUCUAUGUUUGCUGCUAAAGCUGGAGCAGCCAAAGUCAUCGGUGUAGAGUGUUCUAAUAUUGUAGAAUAUGCCAAACAAAUAGUAGCUGAUAACAAUUUAGAUCAUAUUGUAACAAUUAUCAAAGGAAAAGUUGAAGAAAUAGACUUACCAGAUGGUAUUACUAAAGUAGAUAUUAUUAUAUCGGAAUGGAUGGGAUAUUGUUUAUUUUAUGAAUCUAUGUUGGAUACUGUACUUUAUGCCAGAGACAAAUGGUUAAAAGAAGAUGGAAUGUUGUUUCCUGACCGUGCAAAUUUGUUCAUAACUGGCAUUGAAGAUAGACAGUAUAAAGAUGACAAAAUAAACUGGUGGGAAAAUGUAUAUGGAUUUAAUAUGAGUGCCAUACGUAAUGUUGCUAUAAGUGAACCAUUAGUUGAUUGCGUAGAACCUAAACAGGUUGUUACAAAUUCAAGUUUGUUAAAAGAAGUAGAUUUGUAUACAGUAAAAAAAGAGGACUUAACAUUUACUGCUCCAUUUAAUCUUCAAGUCCGUCGUCAAGAUUAUGUCCAUGCAUUGGUUACAUAUUUUACUGUAGAGUUUACCAAAUGUCAUAAACGAAUUGGUUUUUCAACGGCACCAGAAUCACCUUAUACACAUUGGAAACAAACUGUUUUCUACUUGGAUAACUAUUUAACUGUGAAAAGAAAUGAUGAAGUGUUUGGCACAUUUUCAAUGUCUCCAAACGAACGUAAUACCCGAGAUAUGGACUUUGUUAUUGACAUUCAAUUUAAAAAUGAUGUGAAUGAUGUGACCGAAUCUAAUAAAUACCGUAUGCGUUAAUUUAAAACUAAAUAUUAUAUCAUAAUUUUUAUUACCUUAAAUUUUUUUUUUUUUUUAUAUAUGUAUGUAACAUUUAAAAUUAAAUAUUUACAAUUUAAAACACAUUCUCUUGAAGAACAAAAGUUGCAUUCGUGGAGAAUUAAUUUAAUUAUGA